UGUGUUUAUGUGCCCCUGUUAUCCAUGAAGAACCGUCAGUGCUAAAGUUUUCUUGAGUGAGCUAGUAAAACGACCAUGAUAGGCAGAUUGCGGGGGAGGGGGGCAAUAAGUAUGAAAGAAGGCUCUUAAGAGGAAGAGGUGCUCAGAUCCCACAUACUCCACAUAAGAAGCAGUAGGCUCAGCACAGAACAAAUUAGACAAACUGUGCAGCACAUACAGACCUGGAGCAAAAUAAUUCAAUUUUUUUCCCUGGACAACGAACAAAGUAGACUUUUUGUAUAUCAUUUUGUCUGUUUGCCUAAUUACAAAUGAAAGAAAGGAGAGCUUAAUAUUUUUCAGAAAUUCGGAGGAGAUGCUUAAAACAUUUCUUGAUCCAUCAAAAUAUACGGGAUUACAGGAACAAAGCAAGCAAUAUUAAGACUUUCCUGUGGUCACAGAGGUCCUACAUAACAAUUGUUCUUAAUCCAAAAUGUAAGGAGAUGCUGCCACUGAGAAGCUGCAAGAAGAAGUUGGCUAUUGAGAAACUUGACAUUAUGAACAAUUUGCUGUAAUCUGUACCACUCUGUAAUAUCAACUAAUCAGCAACCACUUGGUCUAAUCUUCUUCCGGAAAAGGCUGAUUUAAGGAAUUAAAGGGAUUGGUCAAUUUUGAUGUUGUAAUGUGAAAUAUAGAAUGUUUAUUCCUGAACACGGGACUGCCGAAGAAACUGUGAAAAUGAAUGUCUCGAUCCUGAUCUCCUCAUCGGACAGUUACCAUCCGGAGUCAAUUCUCAUCCCGGUGCUCUACUCCCUCAUUUUCCUAGUAGGUACAGUGGGCAAUAGCCUGGUACUGGCAGUACUGCUGAGGAAUGGAAAGAUAAAUAACACGACCAAUCUCUUUAUCCUGAAUUUAGGAGUGGCAGAUCUGUGCUUCAUUAUUUUCUGUGUGCCAUUUCAAGCCACCAUCUACACCCUAGACAGUUGGGUGUUUGGCCCCUUCAUGUGCAAAGCUGUGCACUUCUUCAUAUAUCUCACCAUGUAUGCCUCUAGCUUCACCCUGACCACUGUGUCACUUGACAGGUAUCUUGCAAUACGUUAUCCAUUGCGUUCCCGGGAAUUGCGCACUCCCAAGAAUGCCCUGAUGGCUAUCACUCUAAUCUGGAGCUUGUCCUUGAUCUUUUCUGGUCCUUAUCUCAGCUACUACCAAGAGUUUCAGCUGUCUAAUCUAACUGUCUGCCACCCAGUCUGGCAAAUAUCACAUCGCAAGACCAUGGACCUUUGUACUUUUGUCUUCAGCUAUGUCAUUCCUGUGCUGAUUCUCAGUCUCACCUAUGCCCGUACUAUAAGAUAUCUUUGGACAUCUGUAGAUCCUAUUGAAGAUAUGUCCGAAUCCAAGAGGGCAAAGAGAAGAGUGACUCGCAUGAUCAUCAUUGUUGCCGUGUUAUUCUGCCUUUGUUGGCUUCCCCACCACUUGGUCAUUCUUUGUGUCUGGUUUGGAUACUUCCCCCUUAAUAACUUUACAUAUGCCCUUCGUAUUCUGUCACAUCUGGUGUCUUAUGCAAAUUCUUGUGUUAAUCCAGUGGUGUAUGCUUUGGUCUCUAAGCACUUCCGAAAGGGGUUCCGGAAGAUAUUUCGCUGUCUGCUAUUACGUCAAAGGGCAGCCAAUAAGAUCCAUGUGGUCCCUGCUGCCCAUGUUGGUGUCAGCACUCUGGAGGUGGCAUGCACAGAAGUGACUCAAUUAAGUGAGGGCCCCUUGCAUUGCUCUGCCUGUUGCCAGGAUCCUGGGAGUCCUUGGGAGGAGACAGAGAGAGCUGGAGAUAAAAGAGGCCCGGAAUUCCUCAGAUUUAAUAUUACAUAGGCAACAGAGACAUAGUGAAGAGACACCAAUGGUAAAAUACUAAGUUUUGCUUAUGAAAGAUUUUGGGCUCUGAUUCAAGACAUCACCAUGCUGUAAUUAAGCAACCAUUCAUAUACUGCAUAGCAUAGAAAAAAGUGCAAUAAAGAAUAAUAAAUCUUA